AUGGCGCAGAAACCCAUGGGCACCGAGGCGGCCGAGCGCAUGAACUUCGUGGCCCAGGACGCGAUCUGGAGAUACCGCCUGAAGGCUGAAAACGAAGCCCGGCAGAACUGGGCCCAGAACUGGGGAUUUUUAACAACCCCCCUCGAGGAGCUGAUCCAGCAUGAAGAGGAAGCCCCCACCCCGAAGCCCAAAAUGGAGCUCCCCCAGCGGUUCCGCAUCCGGCCAGUGACCCCAGUGGAGAAGUUCAUCAAGGUACUCCCGUCCCCCCCGGUCCCAAAGACGACCCAGGGCUUCAUCGGCUGGAGAUCGGGGGUGCCGGGCCUGAACAAGUGUCUGGAGCAUGACUACGAGAUCAGGAGCUGCAAGGGGGCGUACGCCAAAGAGCUCGGCUGGCCGGAGCAGGGCAUCCACUGA